AUGUGAUUUUAAAGAAGCGCUGCGGCUGCUUGAAACACAACUUGUUUGAACUUUUAAUCAAAUCGCAGAGAAUUAAAAAUCUGUAAUAAUGCUCUGUGCCAGAACAAAAGCCGAAUGAAGCAAUAAAAUUCAAAUUAGAGGUGGCUUUCAAAACUAGAGCCGACUCCAUUUGACAGCUUCAAGAUAAUUUCUCUACACUUAUCACUAUUUUGCCCUUUUUUGAAAUUAAAGCAUUCUUUAAUGCUUGUGGGAUCCUACGCUGUAGUGGAACUAAAACAUGGUGCUGAUGAAGUGUUUUGCAAUCAGGCGAGGAGUCUUAAAAAAAGGAUGUGAGUUCAUAUGGGCGACGAACUUGGCAUUUGCUGUCAUUUAUAUUUGUUCACUUAACAAACAACUCUUUUGAUUUUUGUUUAAGGCUUUGUCAAUCAAUCAAAAGCGAACAUUUACGCGCACAAAAGAGCAAUGUGUUAAUAUAUUCGAGAAAAUCAGGGACAGUGUAAACUUGUGCAUGGCUUUAUUUCCGAUAGCUACAUUCUUCGAGUAUUAAUCACCUGAUGUUGCUCGCGAACUAAGAAAAACUCCUUUGAAUGUUCGCACUUGUCCAUUCUGAGUUGCACCAACGACUUGUCCUUUUUCCCAUCGCAGUGGAUAAGAUCGAACAGCUAGCUCGUUAAUUUCCUGCGGCCAAACGAAACAUGAAGUUCGAAGACGUUUACGAAAUCAAGGAGCUCAUCGGGAAAGGGUCGUUUGCUGAAGUGAAGAAAUGCGUCAAUCGUAAGACACUACAGCUGUACGCGGUGAAGGAAAUUCAUUAUGAAGAUGCAGAACACAGAGAGAAAGUAGAAAAUGAGUCGGAGAUCUUAGAAGAGCUAAAUCACGUGAGCAUAGUUCGUCUGGAAGAAGUGUUCUACGCUGAUGGAAAAGUGCUCAUGGUGCUGGAAUACUUACCUGGAGGGGACCUUUUCGAUGGACUCGUAUCUAGACCCUUUUACAGCGAGAAGGACGCAUGCGCUUGUGCCCAACAGAUCAUCAGAGCACUACACUAUUUGUCAAGGAAAGGGAUUAUUCAUCGGGAUUUGAAACCAGAGAAUCUCUUGUUGGCCGAGAAACCAGAAGUGGACCGUCCACCGAUUAUCAAACUCACAGACUUUGGAAUUGCAAAAAGGAUACAAGACGGAAGACAAAUGGUUGAUUGCCACGGUAGCGGCUCACCAAUGUACCUUGCACCAGAGACUAUAAUGGAGAGGCCAGUAAAUGGUGCUGUAGACAUUUGGGCCUGCGGUGUCAUCCUUUAUUUACUACUUGUUGGGUAUCCCCCAUUCUGGAAUCAGAGAGUCGAGUUUCUCCUUCUUAGCAUUUUACAAGGGAACUACUCGUUUCCUUCUCCAUACUGGGACUCAGUCUCCGACUCGGCUAAGGAUCUCAUAAGCAAAAUGUUAACAGUGAAUCCUGAGGACAGAAUAACAGCUUCUCAAGCUCUUCGUCACGACUGGAUUUCUCAAGGUGAUUUCGUCCCUUCUCUUCAUAAGGAAACGACAUUCGUCCGACUCACAGCCUUUAAUGCAAGAAGAAAACUCAAGGGAGUGGUGCUGGGGCUUAUUGCCAGGAACAGGCUAACUUUCACACCUAACCAAAACGUAGUUCGUUUAACGCGGAAGGUUUCAUAUACACCUGACCCAGAAUUGGAACAAGAGGUGCAAGAAAUGCUGUCAAAUAAAGAACACGAGGAAGAAAGAAGACUUGAAAAAAUUAACGAAACUGUCAAUGGAGGCGACAAUGAUGUAGCUAAAUCGCCAAAGGAAUACCUUCUAACAGACUUGAAACCUAGAAGAUCGCGAAUGUUCAGAAGCUCUGUGUACAUUAAAGUAAAAGCUGGAGAAGGAAGGGCAAGAGAUAGAGUAGGGCGAAGAGUGCCUGAUGACGAUUCUUAGGGACGGUUUAUUUGUUCGGACAUAAAGAAAUAGUUGAAGUAUUUUUGUAAUUGUAAACCUCUCAGGUCGAUGUUUCGCCGAAGAACGUUUCUUAGACAAGAAAAGUGUCGACUAUUAACCAAGAGGCCGUAGCUAACUACGUCGUCAUAGACAUUGUGAUACAAACAUAUCUUUCCAAUUUUUUAACUUAGUUAAAAGGUUUAUUUUAUUAAUUGUUUUUAAGAAAACUCGUUGAAACCGUAUCAUUUUGCUAGGGAAGGAUUUUCAUAAAUUAAACACAAAUUAGUAAAAAGAGCUUGAUUUCCGUGAAAAAUAUGCAGGCGAUAUGUGCGCGCAUGGUUAGUGUAGAGAAAGAUAGAUUUAGGAACGCUCUAUUUGACUUUAAAUGAGAUGGGGUUUGAACUAUUUGUUUUGUAAAUUUUCAACCCUUUCAAUUUUCUACACUUAGUAAUGGAAUGUACUCGUUUCUCUCUUUCUCUCUUUACCCUGCCUUACCUUUCUCCUCUUCCUUCUCAGAACUUUCUAUCGGUUUUAAUGGAAAAACACGAGAAUCAUU